AUGUUGGCCGGCUCGGGCGGCCCCCGCGGGCACAGCGACACGGGAAUGGCGGCCGCCUUUCUUGGCCACCCACUGGUCGGCCCGCCACCCCGGCGACACGAAGAAUGGCGAGGGCAGGGAUGCCGAGCUGUCGACACAAGGGCCUGGCCUCGGCCGCUGCCCCCUGCAGCUUAUGUGGCUUCCUUCUGGGAUAGCCCUUCUAAAGUUAUUCAGAAAGUCCGAGUUAUUCUCAAUGCAGAGUUGAUGUGUAAAAAGCUGCACCAUCCGUCCCAAGGCUUCCGGUUUGGAACUGUCCGGGAGAGCAGUGCUGAAGAUUAUGUGAGGCAAAGCUUCCCAGAGAUGCAUGAGUAUAUGAGGAGGUACAAUGUUCCAGCCACCCCUGAUGGAGUGCAGUACCUCAAGAAUGAUCCAGAGAAACUAGACGCCUUCAUCAUGGACAAAGCCCUUCUGGAUUAUGAAGUGUCAAUAGAUGCUGACUGUAAACUUCUAACCGUGGGGAAGCCGUUUGCCAUAGAAGGAAGUGAAGCAGGUGGCAUCGCUAUACCAGACAUUAAACUAUACUACAGAGCAAUAGUAACAAAACAGCAUGGUGUUGGCACCAAACAGACUGGGAGACCAAUGGCACAAAAUAGAUGACACAGAGACUAACCCACAAAAUUUAAAUUAUCUUAUAUUAGAUAAAGGUGCCAAAAACAUGCACUGGAGAAAAGAUAGCAUCUUCAACAAAUGGUGCUAGGAAAACUGGAAAUUGUAUGCAACAAAAUGAAAUUAAACCCCUAUCUCUCACCUCACAAUACUUAUCUUAAAAUGGAUCAAGGACUUGGAAUUAAACCAGAGACUCUGCAUCUAAUAGAAGAAAAAGUAGGUCCUAAUCUUCAUCAUGUGGGGACUAGGCCUCAACUUCCUUAAUAAGACUCCUAUAGCGCAAGAA